AGUCUAGUAUCCGCGCCCGCGAACCUCCCACCUGCCGAGGACCCGGGUGCAGCCAUGGGCUACCAGGGGCAGCGGCCCGUCAUCCCGCCACAGAGCCAUCUAGAUGACAGAGAAACCCUCGUUUCUGAACAUAAGCACAAAGGGAAAACUUGUCGUCAGUCUGCUGCUGUUUUUAAUGUUGUCAACUCGAUUAUAGGAUCUGGUAUAAUAGGAUUGCCUUAUUCAAUGAAGCAAGCUGGCUUUCCUCUGGGAAUAUUGCUUUUAUUCUGGGUUUCAUAUGUCACAGACUUUUCCCUUGUUUUAUUGAUAAAAGGAGGGGCCCUCUCUGGGACAGACACUUACCAGUCUUUGGUCAAUAAAACUUUUGGCUUUCCAGGAUAUCUCCUACUCUCUGUUCUACAAUUUUUGUAUCCCUUCAUAGCUAUGAUAAGUUACAACAUAAUAACUGGAGAUACUUUGAGCAAAGUUUUCCAAAGAAUCCCUGGAGUUGAUCCUGAAAACUUGCUUAUUGGUCACCAUUUCAUUAUUGUGCUUUCCACUGUUGCCUUUACUCUGCCUUUGUCCUUGUAUCGAGAUAUAGCGAAACUUGGAAAGAUCUCUCUUAUUUCUACAGUUUUAACAACUCUGAUUCUUGGAAUUGUAAUGGCAAGGGUAGUUUCAUUGGGUCCACACAUACCAAAAACAGAAGAUGCCUGGACAUUUGCAAAGCCCAGUGCUAUUCAGGCUGUUGGUGUAAUGUCGUUUGCAUUUAUUUGCCACCAUAACUGCUUCUUAGUUUAUGGUUCUUUGGAAGAACCCACAGUAGCUAAGUGGUCUCGCAUCAUCCAUGUGUCCACCUUGAUUUCUGUAUUUAUCAGUAUUCUCUUUGCUACAUGUGGAUACUUGACAUUUACUGGCUACACCCAAGGAGACUUAUUUGAAAAUUAUUGCAGAAAUGAUGACUUGGUAACAUUUGGAAGGUUUUGUUAUGGAGUCACUGUCAUUUUGACGUACCCGAUUGAAUGCUUUGUGACCAGAGAGGUAAUUGCCAAUGUGUUUUUUGGUGGGACUCUUUCGUCAGUUUUCCACAUUAUCAUAACAGUGGUUAUCAUUACUGUGGCCACACUUGUGUCAUUGCUGAUUGAUUGCCUUGGAAUAGUUUUAGAGCUCAAUGGUGUGCUCUGUGCAGCUCCCCUAAUUUUUAUCAUCCCAUCAGCAUGUUAUCUGAAACUGUCUGAAGAACCGAGGACACACUCAGAUAAGAUUAUGUCCUGUGUCAUGCUUCCCAUUGGUGCUGUGGUGAUGGCUGUUGGAUUUGUCAUGGCCGUCACCAAUCCUCAAGACUGCACCCACGGGCAGGAAAUGUUCUACUGCUUUCCCGACAAUUUCUCCCUCACAAACAUCUCAAUUUCUCGUUUUCAACUGACAACACAACUUUCCAUUUUAAACGUCAGCAUCUUUCAGUGA